AUGGACAACUCUGCCAUGAACUUUACUACACCUGAAGUGUCUACUAACUCAACAUCUCCUUUCAUUGGGUUAAUAUCAUGUGUUGACAGUCUAAUCAUCUUUAUCUCUAGUAUCAAUGUCCUGUUUGGUCUUCCCACACACUCCUAUAUUAUCUGGCUCAUUUACACAGAAACUAAAAGUGGAAUUGCAUCAAGAUUGUUCAACCUCAACCUUUCAGUUUGUGAAAUUGGUAACUGUCUCAAUGCUUUGCUUCAGGUUCUGUCGUGUUUGUUUUCAAACAUCACAAGAGCAACUCAUUUUUUGCAAGGACUAGGCACCACCGCUCGUCCUUUGUUUCAGUGUCUGAUCUGUGUUGAGCGUUACUUGGCUGUGGUUCAUCCUGUAACCUUUCUGAAGUUCAAACCUCUCAGAUAUAAAGUCAUCUGCUGCACUGCUGCCUGGAUCGUCAGUCUUAUCUCCUGUUUGUGCUGCAUCUUUAUUUUGGUCUCAUUGUAUACUUUUACAUGGUUUUUCUCAAUUCAGUUCCUCAUCUUCCUCUUCAUUCAGUUGUUUUGUUGUCUGGCUGUUCUCAGAGCUCUGAAGCAGUCAGGACCAGGAGAGAGAGGAAGAGAGAGAGAGGAGGAAAACCACAUGAAGAAAAAAGCGUUUUAUCUCAUUCUCAUAACUACUGGAAACAUGGUUAUUCUAUAUGUCCCAUAUAUAAUAUCAGGAUUCAUUAUAAUUUUGACAAAACUGGAUAAUAUUUGGGUUUGGUUUCCUGCUACAGUUUGUUAUGUUCUUGCUGGCUUUAUACAUCCUGUUCUUUAUCUCCACAGGGCUGGAAAAUUCUCCUGCCUCUGUUCUGUAUAA